ACUGCUUUUAGAUAUUUUAAUUUACAGUUUAAAAAGCUGUCCCUCCUCUUCCAAAGCAUCACCAUCUUGCAGGAGUGCUGUUGUACACCAUUGUGAUAUCUAUAUGGACACCUUUGAUGAAGAAAAAUGGGAUCAUUUCAAAGGUGUCCACAUUGAUGACCACAGUGUGUUGCCGCAUCAGCAUAUCUGCCUUGGUGGUGAAGAUAAGGGACUGUUUUGUUAAGUAAAACAUGAAUUUAAUGAUUAUUGACAGAAAACAACAAUAAAAUGUAUUUGAACCCAAAGAUGAGGCACAUGCAAGUCGUAUCAGGCGUUUUAGUGGCUAUGCUGUUUCUCACCGUGUACAUGAUCAUGUCCAGCAAGUGCCUAAAUGGACUGCAACAUUUAGCAGCGCAUAUGGGUGCGUCGACGUUUCAACGCUCAUCUAAAGAGACAAAUUCUCAGCAACUCGCGAACCCGAAAGAAAGACAUGAGGAGGCUAAGGGACAGCUUGUUUAUAGCCUCAAGAAUCAGGUCAGAGGUCACCACAACACAGAAAACACAGGCGGUGAAAGUCUGGAACACGAAGUGGCGCGCCGGGAAGUGGAGCGAGUGUCAGAUGAGUUAAAGAUGUACGUACAUGCCAAGCUGAUGCAGAUAAAGAAACUGGCUUCCGACCCUAUCCUUGUGAAAGAGGUCAAUAACAUUCUUGAGAUAUCAGCUGAUAUACACAAGAAGUUGAAGAGCGAACAGAGCCGUUUGGCCAACACGGUGGAUGGUGCCGGGGAGUGGCGCAAGCUGGAGAACCUCCAACUAACUGACCUCGUACAGAGAAGACUGGAGUUUCUUCAGAAUCCUUCGGAUUGUGACAAGGCCAAACAAAUUUUAUGCAAACUGGUAGUUACGGAGUGUGGCUAUGGGUGCCAGUUGCAUCAUGUGACUUUCUGCCUUAUCAUGGCGUAUGCCACCCAGCGCACACUCAUCCUAAAGAGUGAGGGGUGGAGAUACGCGCCCAAGGGCUGGGAGUCUGUAUUCCUGCCAAUCAGCAAGACAUGCCGCUUCAAGAGCGAUAUGGCUGCUUCGCAAUGGGGACCAAAUUCUACGAUGGAUAAUUCACAAGUUAUCGAGCUUCCGCAGGUGGGUAAACUGUCUUGGCGCCCACAUUUUUUACCCCCAGCGAUACCAGAAGACAUAGCGGAUCACUUAACCUGUAUUCACGGCGACCCCGCGGCUUGGUGGGUCGGUCAGUUUGUGACCUACGUGACCAGACCAAACGCCAUGAUGCAGAAGUUCCUUAAUGAAGGCAAAGAAAAGCUGGGCUUUACCAAUCCUAUUGUUGGAGUGCAGGUGCGAAGGACAGACAAGCUCAUUUCGGAGGCCAAGUUUCACAGCGUUGAUGAAUACAUGCAUCAUGUCGUAGAAUGGUACGAUAUAUACGAGAAGAAGCAUCCCGGUGUCCAGCGUAAAGUGUACAUAGCUACCGAUGAUCCAGGGGUCUUGCAUGAGGCGAAAAAGAAUUAUCCGAACUACACCUUUGUGAGUGACAACGAGGUCUCAAAGAGUGCCGACAGGGGAAGUCGCUACACAGAUGCCUCCCUACGUGGCAUUAUUCUUGAUGUGUACCUGCUGUCGCGAUGUAAUUAUCUCGUCUGCACUUUCUCAUCAAAUGUCUGUAGAGCGGCAUACGAGCUGAUGCAGUCGCUGCAAGGAGAUGCAUCCGAGUGUUGUAAAUCGCUCGACCACACAUAUUCUUUCGAGGACGAUCAUCUUCACAGCUUUAUUGCAGUUGAGGAUCACCAGAGUCAACGCGAGGGAGAGAUCAGCUUCAACGCUGGGGACACGAUACGCCUGACGGACAACCAAUGGGAUGUGUAUUGCCAGGGUACAAACGUUAAAACGGGAAAGUCUGGUCUGUUUCCGUCGUACAAGACUGUGAAAAAAAUAGAACGUGUGAAGAUGAUUACAUACUCUGAAGUACCAGAUUCGUAAUGACAUAAUUAUGUGUCCAUCAUUUUAUAAUAAUCUAAGUUGUCUAUUGGUUUCUUCUCCUCUAGAUACGUAAAGGGCAAAUAAAACUGAAACUUAAUUUUCUGUCUUAAAAAUAUCAGUAAAUCUCAUUAAAAAUAUAUUUAUCUUACUCAAAAACCACUUAAGUGUGUUGAUAAAUAAUAUUUCUAUACUGUCUGCUUUCAUGUUAUUGUUUAACACAUAACGAUUAUAUUUGUAAACACCUAGAAGUAAAAUUUCAAUAUCUUUGCAUUUUGAUUUAACGAACAUUAAAGGGCUAUUUGUGUUUGUUCUU